CUGACAGGGAAGAAGUUGGCAGGUCCUGCCUGGGGAGAGCUGUGGUGGAGGCACCUCCGCGUUCAGUGAGCUCUGGAGAUGGAGUCGCAGGUCGCGGCCGCCGGGACCGGUGGGACUGAAGCAGUCGCGGGCAAGGGUCCCGUGCUUGGCAGUGCUCGCCAGGCGCCCAAGGGGGCCGUCCGGUGGAGGCUCCUGCGACAGGUUCUGAAGCAGAAACAGCUGGAUGCCUGUCUGAGAAACGUGUCUGUGAGAAGAUUUGAAUCGUUUAAUCUGUUCUCAGCCACAGAAGCCAACGAAAGGGGAAGCAAAGAAGAAGCUGGUGCCUGGGUCCAGUACUCGAGCGUCUUUUAUCCCGAGUACAGCAUCUCCUUGAGGCAUAACAGCGGCUCCUUGAAUGUCGAGGAUGUUCUUACCAGCUUUGACAAUACAGGGAAUGUUUGCAUCUGGCCAUCUGAGGAGGUCUUGGCCUACUACUGCCUCAAGCACAGUGAUCUAUUCAGGGACCUUGCUGUGUGUGAGCUAGGGGGUGGCAUGACAUGCUUGGCUGGGCUCAUGGUUGCUAUUUCUGCAGAUGUCAAAGAAGUUCUGUUAACUGAUGGGAAUGAAAAGGCCAUCAGAAACGUGAACAGCAUCAUCGCAAGCAAUAAGAAGACUGGCGUGUUUAGGACUCAGAAAAUAUCAAGCUGCGUUUUGCGAUGGGAUAAUGAGACAGAUGUCUCUCAACUGGAAGGACAUUUUGACAUUGUUAUGUGUGCUGACUGCCUGUUUCUGGACCAGUACAGAGCCAGCCUUGUUGAUGCAAUAAAGAGAUUACUCCAGCCCACAGGGAAAGCAAUGGUAUUCGCCCCCCGCCGAGGGAGUACUUUGGACCAGUUUUGCAAUCUAGCUGAAAACGCUGGUUUCUCUCUCCAAAGACAUGAAAAUUAUGAUGAACACAUUUCAAACUUCCACUCCAAGUUGAAAAAAGAAAACUCAGACAUAUAUGAAGAAAACCUCCAUUACCCACUUCUGCUCAUUUUAACCAAGAAAGCAUAGAAGACAGAGCAAACACCAGAACACAGGGCAUCAUCUUCACAGGAUGAGAAGUCGACCCGGGGUCGUCUCAGGACUCCGCCCACUUUUCCACA